AUGUUGACCACUUUACCUUUAGAGAUACAAGUAAAAAUACUCACCAUUGACCCAUCUUCAUCAUUGAAAUAUGUCAAUUCCCACUUUUACAUUUUAUACAACGAUCUAUUCCAUGAUAAGAUUAUUGCGACGUUUGGUGAAGACAUAAAUUUCAUCUUGAUUAAAGUCUUGCCAUGGCUCAAAAGAUACAUUAAGAGUUUAGAUGUAUUUAGGUUUAAAGCCAGACACUCAAUUGCAAGCAGACUUGGAUUAACAGAUACGUCAGAGAUUGAUGAUUCAGAAGGAAUAAAUAGAUUGAACUGUCUUUACGUCAAAGAUUCUUGGAAGUACAUCUAUUCAAUCCUCAAGAAUAAGAGGUUGUAUGCUGAGUACUCUGAUUAUACGAUUGAUGAGCCUACAAACUAUGUAUAUAAUCAUUUUGUCGAAAUCAACCGUACCUAUCUUUUGUCAUAUUCUAAAACCCUUUGGUUGAGUCCAGGAAGAUAUAAUUUAAACAUUGGCCUAAUUAUCAAACAUGGAAGUGGUUUGGGUACCACUAAAUUUGAAAUCAAGUAUAAAGAUGCAACUGGAAAAGAUGUAAUCCAAACAUUCUAUCCCCCAACAAAUAUCAACGAGAUACUUCCUAAACAGCAAUUUUGUCUUUUAAAGAUUGGAGAGUUUUCACUACCUGAAGUAUUCUCCCUUCAUCGCGGAACCAUAGAUCAUGAAAAGUUAUUUAAGGUCGAAUUUGUAAUGGAGGAAAUCGGUUUAUAUCUAAAAUCGGGGUUUAGAAUCUUCUUUAUUGACAUUGCACAACCAUCUUUACUUUUCAAUGAUUAUGACCUACUCUAUUAUACCGUGAAGGAAACAGACUACAAAUAUUUUAUCAAUCUUCCAUUAAAGAAUCUAUACAAAGCAUUAAAUAUUGUCCAGAAUGGCGAGCAUGACGACGGAAUUCUUGGAUAUGGCCAUGGUGAUCCUUCCUCUGAUCUUAGUAAAUACGACAAUGACUACCUAAUUCCAGGAAAAGAGGCUAAUCUGGUGGAAAAAAUUACUGGAGAAGCAAAAUUGAUGGAGUACUCAAAUUUCUUUUUCAACAAUAGGUUCAAAAAAAGGCUAUUCAAAUUCAAUACAGUUUACCAACAACGUCAGUUCAUUAAUCGGUUUGGGGAUUUCAAGCAAGACUGGGAUGAGUAUCCAGAAAAAGAUAAGGAAGAGUUGCUGAAUGAUGCACGGUUUGGUAGAGUUCAGCCCCAAAAGAGCUGUUCAUAUGAUCGACAGGGGCUCAAAUGGAAAAUACCAAUAUUGGGGGAAUUAUAA